AUGGCAAAGUUUUUAACUUGUGUCCUACUCGCUGCUGCUAUAUUGUUUGUUGCAACAAUGAUUUCAUCAGUUAAAUCAGAAACUUGCUACCAAAUACAUCUAGAAAUAUUAUGUGAUCAGAACAAAGUUAAGCCAAAAUUUUUAUCAUUUUGCAAGCAAAAAAUUGGACCCAAAGUUGGUGGUCAAUGUAUUGAGCAGGAUGGCUUUGACGGUCCAUUUUGUGCUUGCGAUUAUCCUUGCUAG